AUGUUCAUAUACAGAACUUACACAACUGCUUACUUAUUAUUGAACGCUUCAGGUUCAGCUCCAUCAGCUGCUUCCGUCAAAUCAGUUUUAGAAUCUGUUGGUAUCGAAGUUGAAGAAGAAAGAAUCUCUCAAUUAUUCGAAGCCGUUGAAGGUAAAUCAGUUGAAGAAUUAAUUGCUGAAGGUAAUGAAAAAUUAGCUUCAGUUCCAGUUGGUGGUUCAGGUGCUGCUGCUGGUUCAGGUGCUGCUGCCUCAGGUUCAACUGAAGCUGCUGCUGAAGAAGAAAAAGAAGAAGAAAAAGAAGAAUCUGAUGAUGAUAUGGGUUUCGGUUUAUUCGAUUAG